AAUCUUUUUUCUUCCAGGGUUGAGGACCUUCAGUUUUGACUUUGGGAGGCCACCUUCGUUGGUCUCAGGUAUUUUUGUUUACAGUUAAACCCAAAAUCCCCUUUCUAAUGGAGCUUUCUGCAUCUCCCCGCCUCCUAAAUUCUCCCACUUUGCUGAUGCUUCUGAGACCCAAGGUCGGGAUUAGGGUUCCUCAAAUUCCUUCCUCGCCAUUCCAUCUUCAUCGCUCUGUUUUAUCUGUCAAACUCAGUGACAGAAUGGAAUUUAAAAGGACAGUGAAUUGUGCUUCUUCAUCUCAAGGAAACGGGUCACCGGUAGUCACUUCUUCAAAUGCUUCAGGACCUCGAGUUGGCGAAGUGAAAAGGGUCACUAAAGAAACGAAUGUAUCGGUCAAGAUAAACUUGGAUGGCUCUGGGAUUGCGGAUAGUAGUACUGGGAUACCAUUUCUUGAUCAUAUGUUAGAUCAACUUUCUUCACACGGGCUUUUUGACGUGCACGUAAGGGCUACGGGAGACAUCCACAUUGAUGAUCAUCACACCAACGAAGAUGUUGCCCUUGCAAUUGGAUCGGCUUUGCUGAAUGCACUUGGUGAUCGGAAAGGAAUUUACCGGUUUGGAGACUUCUCAGCUCCUCUUGAUGAAGCACUUAUACAUGUCUCCCUAGAUUUAUCUGGACGACCUCAUUUGAGUUAUGACCUAGAGAUACCUACUGAGAGAGUUGGAACAUAUGACACUCAGUUGGUGGAGCAUUUUUUCCAGUCUCUGGUGAAUACUUCCGGUAUGACUCUUCACAUUCGACAGCUUUCUGGAAAGAAUUCUCAUCAUAUUAUUGAAGCAACAUUCAAAGCAUUUGCCAGGGCCCUCAGACAAGCAACGGAGUGUGAUCCACGUCGACUUGGCACUGUGCCCAGUUCAAAAGGUGUGUUAUCACGUAGUUGAUUGUCGACAUCAUCAUGGAAAGACUAAUUUGUGCAUACAGUAAGGUAUAUUUGAUCGGAGCUCCACUUUAUAAGCGAAUGAUUAACGCUUGCUUCGGUCCUGUUUGGAGAUGGAUGUUUGAGCAGAAAGGUGAUGGCUGAAGGAUUCUUGUAUGGUUGAUGAUAGAACAAUAUUGUAUAUGAAAAUAGCUUAUGCUUCAGCUUGACUCAUUUUUCGUCAUAUGUCUCUGUUGUAAUGAUAUUUAUACAUUUGAUACCCAGUGCCGUCUCGCACUUUUUUUUUUUGGGCCUCGUGCUUAAAUUCUAAAGGAUUAUUGUGCUUUAGUGUGCCUUGAGCAAAACACUGCUUCUGUUGAAUAAUACUGACCAACAAAGGCUCAAAUUCAGUGGCUGAGGAUUGAUUUAUU